GCGGCGGCCAUGAGGGGGAUCCCCAGCUCCUUGGACACCUUGCUGUGGGUCUACCACUUCCACAGCUCCACCGAGGUGGCUCUCCAGCCCCCGCUUCUCUCUUCCCUGGAACUGGCCGUGGCCGCAGCCCGUGAGUAUCUGGAGCAAAGAUUCCGAGAGCUGAUGUCCCUGGAGCCGCGGGAGCUGAAGGACCCCGAGAAGCCGCCCGCCCCGGAGCCCACCCUGGGGCUGGUACUAAGAGAAGCCGCGGCUAGCAUCGUGAGCUUCGGCGCCACCUUGUUAGAGAUCUCAGCACUGUGGCUGCAGCAGGAGGCACGGCGACCAGACGGCGAGAUACUCCGGAGACCUCAAGGUGGCGUCCAGCAGCAGUGCGGAGGACCGGGGACCAGGGACUCCUUCGCUGCCCCAGCCCCACCCCGAGUCCAAAUAAAGCCCAGGCGGGGAUGA